AUGGGUUUUUGCCAGUUAUCAACCAAGAACGGCGUCUUCUUCCUGACUCUUGGCGGCCAUGGCGGCGGCGAGAACUACCGCACCGAGCAGUUCAUAGCAGAGCUGGAGCAGAAGCUCAAGGAGGUCCGCGGCCAUGCCAGGCCGUCGAGCAAAGGCCUCGUCACCACCUUCGCGGCCGGCGAGGGCGGCUCGUUCUGCGACGACGUCGACAACGGCGGCACGUCUGCGGCGGCGACAGCCGAGCUGGCUGCGUACCGCACGGCCGAGGCGGUCCGCGCGCUGUUCGACAUGCCGUUCCCGACCGCCGCCGCGGUCGCCGGCGACGUCAGGUCGUCCCUGGCGCUGGCGCUGGUGCUGGCGCACGACGACAUGGCCGUCUGGAAGGAGGCCACCUUCGAGGCACCGGAGCUGGUGCUCCGGUCGGAGGCCAUGGACGGGUCCACGUUCGGCGGCUACUGGUACAUGACCGAUUCCAGGUGCGACGGCAGGGAGGAGGUGACCGGCGAGGCCGCGGGCAUCGUGACCACCUCCAUCGGCAAGGUCCGCGACGGCGAGGCCUACGUCGCCACCCGUAAGAGCUUCUUCCCGGAGUCGUGGAAGGCCGUCUGUGAAUUCCUCGCCUAG